GACUCCGAGACCAUCACCUCUACCUAAAAGCUGAGAAGUGCGAGUUUCACUGCACUACUGUCUCCUUCCUCGGAUACGUGAUCUCUGCGGAGGGAGUUCAGAUGGAGUCUGCCAAGGUGGAUGCUGUGGACAACUGGGCGGAGCCCACAACGGUGAAAGAACUCCAGCGUUUCCUUGGCUUUGCCAAUUUCUACCGACGCUUUAUCAAGAACUACAGCCUGCACUCGGCUCCUCUAACAUCCCUCCUAAAAGGAGGUCAGCGCCAGCUGCGCUGGACAUCCCAAGCUCGAGAGGCCUUCGGCCAUCUUAAACACCUCUUCACCUCAGCACCCAUUCUUCGACAUCCUGACCCGUCCAAGCCUUUCGUCGUAGAGGUU